AUGUCUUCUCAAGCCGUCUCUAUCGAUCGUCUGGCGUUGCAUGCCCUGCGCUUCAAGGCCAGCACUCCCUCAGCAUUGGUGCUCGGGCUCGGUUUCGCUGCCAACUCAUAUCUCUUCCUUGGUAACAUUGCGCUCGCCGGCCUAGGCCCCUUGCCUGUCAUCACUUCCUGGAGGGAGGAGCUGGGCUUGCGCGCAGGACAAAGCACCGUGAUAUUCAAGAAAUUCUACAAAUCGGCGACCCCUUACUUUGCCGGGUCCGCAGUCCUUUCAGCUCUGUCGUUCCUGGCCACAGGCUUCCUCGCUCGUCCUCUGAGAGUCCUCGUCUGGCCUGCCGCACUUGUCACGGGAGCUGUGCCAAUCUACACCUACUUUGCCAUGUACCCAAACAUCAACGCAAUUUGCGACACGGCAGACACUGUGGGACCAGUCAAAGGUGCUAUUGAGACGCUCUCCCCAAACGAAAUCAAGCAGACGGACGAGCGCAUUAACAAGUGGAUUCUGCUCAACAACAUUCGAAUGGGUCUCUCUGGCACAGCUUGGUUGUUCGCCUUCUCUGCCGUUCUGCUGUACUGA